CUCUCGCUUUCUCUGUCUAAAAUCUUCAACCAACAUCAUGAGAGAAAUCCUCCAUAUUCAGGGCGGUCAAUGCGGCAACCAGAUCGGAGCCAAAUUCUGGGAAGUCGUCUGUGCUGAGCACGGCAUCGAUUCCACCGGCCGUUACAACGGCGACCAAGACCUCCAGCUUGAGCGCGUUAAUGUGUAUUACAACGAAGCCAGUUGUGGAAGGUUUGUUCCACGCGCCAUCCUUAUGGACCUUGAACCAGGUACCAUGGACAGCGUCCGAUCUGGACCCUACGGUCAGAUCUUCCGCCCUGAUAACUUCGUAUUUGGACAAUCUGGUGCCGGAAAUAAUUGGGCGAAAGGUCAUUAUACUGAAGGAGCUGAACUUAUUGAUUCUGUUCUUGAUGUUGUUCGCAAGGAAGCCGAAAAUUGCGAUUGCCUUCAAGGGUUUCAGGUAUGCCAUUCUUUGGGAGGAGGGACAGGGUCCGGGAUGGGGACUUUGCUGAUAUCCAAGAUAAGGGAGGAGUAUCCAGACCGUAUGAUGCUCACUUUCUCGGUUUUCCCAUCGCCCAAGGUGUCCGACACGGUGGUCGAACCCUACAAUGCAACUUUAUCCGUCCAUCAACUGGUUGAGAACGCAGAUGAAUGCAUGGUUCUGGACAAUGAGGCUCUCUAUGAUAUCUGCUUCCGUACGCUCAAGCUCACUACUCCCAGCUUUGGAGAUUUGAACCACUUGAUCUCGGCCACUAUGAGUGGUGUCACUUGCUGUCUCCGCUUCCCAGGGCAGCUAAACUCGGACCUCCGCAAGCUUGCAGUGAACUUAAUUCCUUUCCCUCGACUCCACUUCUUCAUGGUUGGGUUUGCACCCCUCACAUCUCGUGGGUCCCAGCAAUACCGCGCCCUGACUGUACCUGAGCUCACCCAGCAAAUGUGGGAUGCCAAGAACAUGAUGUGUGCCGCCGAUCCCCGACACGGGCGAUACCUGACAGCCUCGGCAAUGUUCCGUGGUAAGAUGAGCACAAAGGAGGUGGACGAGCAGAUGAUCAACGUACAAAACAAGAACUCGUCGUACUUUGUUGAGUGGAUCCCUAACAACGUGAAGUCAACGGUUUGUGACAUCCCUCCAACGGGGCUGAAGAUGGCUUCAACUUUCAUAGGGAAUUCGACAUCGAUCCAGGAGAUGUUUAGAAGGGUGAGCGAGCAGUUUACGGCAAUGUUUAGAAGGAAGGCUUUCUUGCAUUGGUACACAGGUGAAGGAAUGGACGAGAUGGAAUUCACGGAAGCGGAAAGCAACAUGAACGAUCUGGUUUCCGAGUAUCAACAGUAUCAAGAUGCAACUGCGGAUGAGGAAGGAGAGUACGAGGAAGAGGAAGAAGGGUACGAGGAGGAAGCGUAGCCUGAAAAUAUGUUUUGGGUGAGAUGGGUGGUGUUAAGUUUGUUGUUGGAAAAUAUGUUUGUUUUUUGGAUUUGGUUUGGUGUUGACUGUUGACUGUUGAGUGACUGCUGCUAUCUGGUUGGUGUGCUAAGUAUGUGUAGUGUGUCUGAAAACAUAAAAAGUAGAUAAACAUCAAAUGCAAUUGCAAGCUGUUGGAGAUUUG